ACAACUGUAGAUGUGUUUUAACAGCCGGACCAGUACAGGCUUUUGUGUUGCAACGUAUUAGGGUCGUUUUUUAAAAAAAAAUGUCACUCCGGGUAAUUUUACAGGCCUGAGUAUUUAAUCCUACAGUUAGCACCGGCGUGUAGAAACUGAUUAUCGCUUGUGCUCGGAUUGCAUCUACAGAAAUUAGCUUAAACGGCCGUAGAGGGUUUGUAACUGGGGGGUAAACUGCCAGUUUGACAACAGGGGAACCAACCGCUCCUCAACGGUUAUGGAAGGCACUGCGGUCCCUGCGCUCCAUUGAUACACAGUCGUACUUCUUCAGGGAAAUACUUCUGUGGCUGUUAUGAGCAAAAGGGGGAUAUGAGCCCCAGUCGGGCGGUAGUACUCGUUAUAUCGGCACUGAGCUGAGUUCUGGGCGUGUUAUAAGUGUAAACAGGGCUGGUAUUGACCACCGAUAGUAAACUGAACUUUUCCGAGACCCAAAGUUGUCAGGCAGCGCAUCUUGCACGCAUGCGCAUCCUUCUAUCCAGCUCUAAAUAAGAGUUAAAACAGAAACGAGGUUGGGGAUAUCAGAGGAGUGGGAAUGACCGACACUCCACCCAGUGAUGGCCCCUCCCAGGGAGCUGAGUUUGAUAUGAUGGGCGCUCUGGACUGGAAGGAUGGUAUUGCUACACUGCCAGGCAGUGACAUCAGGUUCCGCAUGACUGAGUUUGGGACUCUUGAGAUUGUCACAGACGUAGAGGUCAAAGGGCAGCAGGUAGAGCCUAAACGCGAGACCUUGGACCCAGCACAGUCACACACACCCACCCCUCCACCUGAGGGCCAAUCACAGACUGGUACAGCCAAAGCUCCAGCCAAUCAGAGUCAACCAGGUUCCUCUCAAGUUAAAGCCCCCGGUCCUGUGCUCCUGUCGUUAGAGGAGGGCCCCAGUAUGGAGGGCCCCAGUGUGGAGGUGGGUCCCAGUGUUGAGGUUGGCUCUAGUGCAGACAUGGGCCCAAAUGGGGAGCUGUUAAGGUGCCGGGCUUGUGGUAGCCGAGUUCCCCGAGACGCCCUCCUUCAGGGCAAAUUCUGUAGCUCUGUUUGUGCCCAGCCCUCCAGUGGCAGAUCGUCUCCUGGGGAAGCAAGGGAGAGCCAAGCAGUUGAGGGUGAGCGGCUGGGUAAACGUGUGCGCAAAAAGAGGAAGAUCUAUAUGGAUUCUGGUGAUGAAGAGGAAGACAACCAAGAGGAACCAGAGGAAAAGGCCAAGACUACGAAAGGCCGGAGAGGUGCCAAAAUUGCAAAACUGGUGGCGGCCCCAGCCAAUAAGAAACAGGCAUGGAGCUGGCCAGCUUACCUGGAAGAGGAGAGAGCCAUCGCUGCUCCUGUUAAGUUGUUCAAAGAGCAUCAGUCAUUUCCUCAAAGCAGGAACAGCUUUAAGGUGGGAAUGAAGCUGGAGGGGCUGGACCCAUCGCAUCCGUCUCUCUUCUGUGUACUCAGUGUCGCAGAGAUACAAGGCUACAGGGUAAGGCUCCACUUUGAUGGUUACCCAGAAUGCUACGACUUCUGGGCCAACGCCGACUCGUGGGAUAUGAAACCGGCUGGCUGGUGUGAGAAGAAUGGGCAUAAGUUAUUGUUGCCUAAAGGUUGUAAGGAUGGAGAGUUUAACUGGAGCAUGUAUGUAAAGAAUUGUAGGGGUCAGUUGGCCCCAAAACACCUUUUCAAGAGCCUCAACACAUCAGUGACUCCGUCUGGAUUUCGAGCGGGAAUGAAGCUGGAGGCGAUCGACAGGAAGAACCCGUCGUUGAUCUGCGUGGCAACCAUUGCUGCUGUUGUUGACAACCGACUCCUUAUUCAUUUUGAUAACUGGGAUGACACAUAUGAUUACUGGUGUGACGCUAGCAGUCCAUACAUCCAUCCUGUGGGAUACUGUGAAGAGGCUGAGCUAACUCUAACCACUCCAGCUGGUAAGACACAGACCAAGACACACGUGGAAUAUAAGCAACCCAAGACUUUCUCCUGGGAGAAAUACCUGGAAGAGACGGGAACACAGGCUGCUCCUGCUCGCGCUUUCAAACCGCGACCUCCACAUGGCUUCCAGAUUGGGAUGAAAGUGGAAGCUGUGGACAAGAGGAACCCCAUGCUCAUCCGUGUUGCAACUAUCAUGGACACAGAGGACCACAGACUAAAGAUCCAUUUUGAUGGCUGGAGUUCAGAAUAUGACUACUGGGUGGAGACAGACUGCCCUGAUCUGCACCCUUUCGGCUGGUGUCAGAAAACAGGACACCCACUACAGUACCCUAAUGGCUCCAGUGAUUUAGUGACUGCCCCAGGACAGGGAUGUCCUACCCCAGGAUGCAACGGGGUUGGCCACAUCAGAGGACCUCGCUAUGGGACCCACUACACUCAGGUGAGCUGUCCCUAUUCAGAGAUGAACCUGAACAAGGAGGGCUUGCUGCCAGAUCGCUUGAGUGGAGAACGACCCCUCGCCCUCAGCGGACCACAUCCUCGUGGGCGACGCCCGGAUCCUCACACAAACACGACGACAUCGACCUCCUUAGUGUCGGAGCAGCCAGAAGGAGCUGAAGAGUCCCAGAACAGGAAACCGGUGACAGUGGAAGCUGAGAGACUGGGACGUAACAGUCAGCCGGAGCCAGCAGGGGGAGCUAGUGAGCAAAGCCACAAUGGAACGAGGCCUAAAAGAACUGCUCCAGUUCCCAAAUACCUGAAAAUGCACUACGUUAAGGAGGAGAUUGGUGAUAGUAAAGCCUCUCCAGACACCAUCUCUCUCCAGCAGGCCCUCCACGAGUCUGUGUUCUCCCCCGGCUGCAUCUCUGCCUCUCCCCCCCACCGGGUGGCACUCUGCUGGGACAAACACUGCCAGCUGCUGCCUGAGGUCCUGGGGCUGACUGCCAAGAGAGUGGCCACUUGGAGCGCAGAGGAGGUGGCGAGUUUUGUCAAAGGUCUCCCAGGAUGUAAAGAACAUGCUGCUACAUUUAAAACCGAGCAAAUAGAUGGCGAGGCCUUCCUGCUGCUCACCCAGGCGGACAUCGUCAAAAUCCUGUCCAUCAAGUUAGGACCGGCCCUGAAGAUCUUCAACUCCAUCCUCAUGUUGAAGAACGCAGACGAAGAGUAAGACCUGACUCUGAGACUUGGGAGGACUCGCUCCCUUAGCUCCGGCUUCAUCAACAAUCAGCUAUAAGACAUUUGAUAAAAUCAGCCAGAACAGGUUUGGUGUGUGGAGCUCUGCGAUAGUGCAGCUACAGAAGACAAAUAAGUGGAAGCCAUCACCUCUAAAAACAUCCGUCCCUCUCCCUCCCCCUCCUCUCUCCAUGAUGGACAGAAGUGAUCAACCUGAGGGAGAGUUUUACAUGAUACCAUGAGGAUUCAUUCACUUAUAUCGUGUUUGUUUACUGAAUCAUUAAAAAAAAGAACUACAGGCACCUUUAAUGCUUCUUAACAUUGUACAGUUUAUCAAUUGGAUUAAGUGUCAAGAUUCUGUUGCAUUUCCUGUAUUAUUUGAUUUGUAAUGGUGCUUGGGCUCAGAGCAGAUGAAACAAGCCUGUUCGUGCUUUGUUGCAUUUUUCUUGGCAACAGAUCUUCUGUUUUUUUUUUUUUUAAAGCUGCAAAAUACAAUCGUGAGGUGGCGAGAGGUUUUUAAAAUUUGAAACCCAGUGGAGCUGAAGCACUAUGUAGUUCUGCCUUUGUCCUCUAGAUGGAGAAAGUGAGCCGCUCCACAGGCCCGAAGGCAAGACAGUUUGAUUAAAUUGGAGUUGGCUGAGGCUUAGAUUGAAUGGGGGAUGGUAAAGACCGUGUGUGUGUGUGUGUGUGCGUGUGUGUGUUUGUGUGUCUCUGUGCGCAAAUAUAACCCAAGAGUGUUUGAGAAAUGAGGAUGUAAUUUCCCACCAGCCUGUGUGUGUGUGUGUGUGUGUGUGUGUGUGUGUGUGUGUGUUGCGUCUCUGGUCAGAGGAUAGAUUAGUGACGAGCAGGGCUAAGGGCUAAAAGUUGAAUCAAGGAAACUUUCGGUCUUUUAAUGUGAAAGGAACGAGACGACAGACCUGCUCUGUUCUUAUCCGCUUUUUUGUUUUUUGGGGGGGGGAACGGCACAUGAAUAUGAAUGUUAAAAAAAACAGCUUUUAGUUGUUUUGUUGAUAUUUUCUUGUUUGGUUCAUUCACAUUGUAAAUAGUAUACAGCUACAAAAGGACUGUCCUCGCUCCCUAACAAGAGUUUACUCCUGCUUGGUUAUGCAAAGGCUUGACAUCUGUCCACAGGGAAGGACAUUGUGACAGUGAACUGUAAAAUACGAGCCUCAAUUCAUACAAGGAUUUUGAGAAAAAAAGAAAAAGAAACAAACAUUUGCCAGUGUCUUUGUAGGUCAGCGUGUACUUCAGCAAGUUGGAA